GUGCCCAUUCCACCCCGCGCCCGUUUACUGGUCGCCCAGUGGCUGGCAAAGCUGGGCCACCAUGGCCAUGAUGCCUCUCCAGGUGAUGCUGAUGCUGCUGAUGCUUCUCACCUGCCUGGUCUCUGUCCUAGGUUCGCAGCGGACAUUUUUGCAAGUGACAGUCCCUCAGAGGAUCCCACCAAAAGACAGUGGACAUACGGAAACCAUGAGCUUCAACAUCCAUAUAGGUGGGAAGCUGUAUACGAUUCACCUAAAGCAACAACAAAUUUUAACCAACGAUUUCAGAAUUUAUACAUACAACCGUGCAGGAUCUGUUACGUCUUUCGUCCCUUCCGUUCAGCGGGACUGCUACUACCAAGGCUACAUAGACGGUUACGUAGAUUCACUUGUGAUGCUCAACACCUGCUCUGGGCUCAGCGGGCUCUUGCAACUGGAGAACAUCAGCUAUGGGAUUGAACCAGUGGAAUCUGCUUCUGGAUUUCAACAUCUCAUUUAUCAGAUGCAAUAUAAUGAUGCAGACCUUCAUGUUUCCAAACAUAAUUAUUCAAUUCGGUGGAGUGCGGUGGUCGCUCCGAGGGCAGACGAAAUACCUGUUAACUUCAGCACGGUGAGAUAUGUGGAAAUGCAUGUCGUGGUGGCAAAAUCUUUGUACGAUUAUAUGGGUUCAAAUGAAGACGAUGUGAUGGGGAAAAUCGCUCAGCUUAUUAGCUUUGUCAAUGCUAUGUUCUACAAACUCAACACAAGGAUUGUGUUGUCCUCUUUGGAGUUUUGGUCUUACAAAGAUAAGAUGAGCACCAUGGGGACAGCCGAUGAGUUGCUGCAAAGGUUUGUGAACUGGAAACACGUCCACCUGACUCUGCGACCCCACGACUUGGCAUUCCUAUUUAUCUAUAAGGUCAAAUCUGAUUCCGUGGGAGCGACAUUUGCAAAGAAGAUCUGCUUGAAAACCGCUUCCACGGGGAUCGCUGUGUUUCAAAAAGGGAUCACGCUGGAAACCUUCUCCGUGAUAGUUGCACAGCUGCUGGGAAUCACCCUGGGACUGCACUUCGACGACUCAAGACGAUGCCAGUGUCCGGGGGCCAUCUGCAUCAUGAAUACCGAAGCCAUACAGUUUAGCGGCCUCAAGUCCUUCAGCAGUUGCAGCAUCAAAGACUACCGCAAUUUUCUAGGGUACGGAUCUGCGCAGUGCCUCUUGAACAAACCACGCAUCGAUAUCACAUACCGAGCGCCCACCUGCGGCAACAAAAUAGUGGAAGAAGGGGAACAGUGUGACUGCGGCUCGAUGAAGGAAUGUGAAUUGGAUUUUUGCUGUGCAUCCGACUGUACACUGAAACCAGGAAAAGAGUGUUCUCAAGGAGAGUGUUGUAUAAAAGACAGUUGCGAGCUGAAGGAAAAAGGUGUCAUAUGCCGAGAAACGGUUGAUUCUGAGUGCGAUUUGAUAGAGUAUUGCAACGGUACUUCCCCAGUGUGUACAGAGGAUUUCUUUGUAGAAGAUGGGCAGAUGUGUGACGGAGGGAAAGGGAUUUGCAUGGCCGCAGUAUGCCAGAGUGCGGAUCAAUGGUGCCAAAGGGUAUUUGGAAAAGAUUCAAAAAGUGGGUCUUCACAGUGCUAUGAAGAAAUUAACAGCCAAAGGGACAGGAUGGGACACUGUGGCUCCACUGCGCGCGGAUACGAGAACUGUCAGUGGCAGGACCUCAGGUGUGGCAAGUUAGUGUGUGAAUAUAAAAGCAAAAAGCCCUUCGCCAUUGAAAAUGCCGCUAUAAUUUAUGCAAAGGUGCAGGAUGAAGUGUGCGUCACUUUGGACUACAUGAAAGGACUGGCAGUGAAGGAUCCGUUCCUGGUUCAUGACGGGUCUGUCUGUGGGACGAACAAGGUGUGCAUGAACCAGAGGUGUGUGGAUAGGUCUGUCAUAAAAGUAAGGUGUAAUGUAGAAGCAAACUGCAAUAAGAGAGGAAAAUGCAACAACAGAGGAAAUUGCCAUUGCGAUAAGGGCUGGGCCCCUCCAAACUGCAAUGUAGCAGAGGACGGAGGAAUCGGAGGCAGCAUUGAUAGCACCUACCGGAUUGGUUUCCCUACUGUAACUCAACGCCGUAAAAUGCCUCACACUACCAGGAACUGGCUUCUGAUAGCCUUCUUUCUUUUCCUGCCUGUCAUUGUUGGGUCCGUCAUCUUGGCUGUAAAACUGCGAGACAUUUUCACAAGUCCUAAAGUGGAGGAGGAGGGAGAAGAUGAAGAUUAUGAGACCGAAGGAUCGAGAUCACAAGAAGCAAACCAGUCAGAGAUGUCAAGUGUAUAGAAACCGACAGGCAGAAGUUUGCAGACAUGGUCGCAGGACUGCCAAAGGGUUGCGUGAGCCCUUUUCUUCUGCCCUAGGAAGUGCAAACCGAAAACAGUUUAGUUUGAAUAGCUCUCUGUUGUGUAGUAUAGUUACCCAAGCAAAUUCUGCUUUCUGCUGUUUAAAUUUUAAUAAAAUAUAUUUGUUCUUAAAAA